UGACCAAUUAUUUUUUUUUAAUGAAUUUUCAAGCGGCAAACUUUUAUAGCCCGAUAAAUUUCCCAGCACCCUUCUCUCCAAAUUCUGAAUUGAAAGCUCCAUUGUGUUCUUCUCUCCAUCGGGUUGGGUAGUUUGAAUUAGCGACUCCAUCGGUUAUCGACUCCAACUCCGCCGGUUAUCGACUCCGACUCCAACUCAUAUCGACUUCUCCUCUGUUCCUAUUGGCUUCUUCUUCUUCUUCUCCAAUGUAUUACUCGAUUAGGGACCCUUGGACUCAUGGAGAGUGAGCAACACAACUAAGUUGUUGUGACAUGCUAUAGUAGAGACAUUGCUACACAGCUUGCAACGACUGAAUAGGUGCCAGAAUUUCUCAAUAUUCUGCUUGCAAAAGAAAAGAAGCAUACGAGGCAAUACUUGCUGGACCAGUACAAUAUCGUUGGAUGUUCCCAUUCGAGAGAAAAAUGCAUAAUUUAAAGGAUUAUUGUAGAAACAAAGCCCAUCCCGAAGGAUCAAUUGCUGAAGGUUAUUGCGACAGUGAAUGCCUCACAUUUUGUUCUAUGUACUUUCACGACAUUGAGACAAAAUUUAACCAAGGAGACAGGAAUCAUGACGUGAGUGAGAGAAGAAUGGCAGAAAUAUCUGUUUUCAACCAGAAUGUUAGGUUUUUAAAAGGAGCAGUUGAUGAUAUUCUUAGCCUAACUGAUUUUGCAAUGAUUCGAUGGUAUGUGCUGAACAAUUGUGAUGAGGUACUCCCAUAUAUAAGGGAGCAUAAAGCAGAACUUGAGAGGCAGAAUAUUACAAACAUAGGAAAGGAACAGCAACAAAGAUUUCAUAAGUGGUUUUUGAGACGUGUUCAACAGAUGCAAGUUGAGGGUUCAACUGAACAUAUCGAAUCCUUACUAAACUUGGCCAGUGGACCUCAGCGUGAAGUGACACGGUAUAGUGGGUGUGUUGUCAAUGGCAUAAGGUUUCAUACUCAGAAAGGGAAUUCAAGUUGACGAGAACCAUUUUACAAGCGUCAAUUUUACAAAAAAAUGGUAUAUGAAUGAUCCAUUUGCAUUGGCAUGUCAAACACAGCAAGUAUAUUAUUUGAAAGAUACAAAGCUUGGUAGUAAUUGGCGUGUUGUAGAAAGGUCACAACCUCGAGGAACUUAUGAUUUUACUGAAAAAGAAGUUGAAAUGGAUGAUUUAUUAGAGGCGAUUGAAGAUCCAUAUCAGCAAGUGUCACAUGAGUAUGUCAAUUUAGAUGAAAUUGACAUUGGGGAGAUUUCAUUGUGUAGAGAUGAUAGUGAAAUGAUCAUUGUUGAUUUGAAUGCUGACAAGCAAGGGAUUAGUGAUUCUACAUUCAUCAAUGAUAGCGAUGCAGAAGAUGGUGACUUCGGUGAUGAAGAUAAUGAGUUUAUGUAUUCUGAUGAUAACGAGGAUGACUAUACAUAGUAGAAUCCAUGCAUGUUCUAUCCCAUUAUUUUGGAUUGGUCAUGAUUCUGUCAUAUGCAUUUUACUGUCAUAGUAUUGCUUGGGUUUCAUUUCUAAUUUCCAUAUUCAGUUUAUCAUUAGCUUGUUCAA